AUGUUGGUGAUUUUAUUUGGACUACUGAGACUGAACCUGGAUAUAAGCCUCAUGUUAAAGCAGCGACAAAAGUCACUUGAUUUGAUGUUGAGAGCAAUGAGGAUGAAGUAGAUUGUAUAAAAAUCAAAAUAGGAGACUCAAAGAGUUAGAUGGUGUGUGAGGGCAGAUUAAGUUACCCUAAGAGAUAGAUUUAUCAAGCAAUUGAGCAACAUUGACUCAGAAGCAAUAGAUGGAGUUAUUCAAGGGAUUUAGCUUGUUAAAGUUCCUAAAAAACGGUUAAUUCGAAUUGAGACAGAAGCUGGAUAUUUCUUGUAUAAUUCCAUUAUGGUAUCUGAUUAAGAAGAAGAAUGUGAUUAGAUUUUUCUCUAUGAAUCACUAAUUAGAGAAAAUAAACUUCUUAAAACCUCUAAUUGA